UGUUCUGCCUGCACAAACACAGCUGCGGCCACGCUUAUCUUUCUCGCUCAACCUCGACGCAGCGGUGGGCACGUUCGCCUACGGUACAGCACAGCGAGAACGGAUAGCCACGUGUGGGUGACUUGCGCGAGAGCAGAGUGAGAGAGAGAGUGUGUGUGAGUGCAUGGGCAGGCAGGUUGAGCCAGGGGAGUCGCGGUCGGCAUCGGCAUCGGAUCAGGUGUUACCGUCGAUGGCCAAGUCGCGGCCGAGGCAGGCGCAGAAGAAGGAUAGGAGGCACAGGCGAUACGGCUCGGGAUCAUGCACGGGAACUUUGAGUGAGAGCAGCCGAGCCACCGACGAGACGUUGAGCGAUGGCUCGGUGACUGUGACCAGCAGCCUGGACUCCGAUGAGCCGUCAAAGACGUCUCGCAGGCCACGCAAGCCCAAGAGCGGCCGCGUGGACAGAGAGAAUGGCACGAGUCGGCAAAAUCACUCUACCUGCUGGCCGUGUCAAAGGACGCCACCGAUGGUGGUGCUAAUCGGAGUGGUCGUCGCAGCCUUUGUGCUCGCCACGCCGGCGGUAAGCUACACCGCGUACCGGUUGGCAUCGCCGGCCCUCGGCGUCGUGGUGACGACCGUUGUCUACUUUGCGGUCAUCCCGGCAGUUGCUGGAGCUGGAGCAUACGCCAGCCUUGGCCUGUUCCGCUUCACCCAGCCGGAUCGGUCAAACUGGCACUCGGUCAUCAACGGGCACGUCAUCAAUCGGUGGGACAUCGGGCUGGCGAUGGGUCUUGCCGUCCUCGCCAUGUGGCUUGGCCUAGCCGUGGCCGGCUCCGUCAACGGAGUCUACCUCGGCGUGGUUGGCGAGCUCGACUUUGCGCCACGCUACGUUGGCCCGGUGCCGGUGGCAGGCACGCCCCCAGCAGACGAGCUUGCGCGUGCCGUCUUUGCGGUCUUCGAUGGCGCGCGGAGACUGGCAUUUGAGGCGCGCGGGUAUUUGUUCUCCACUAAUCGCUACGGCAAGGAAACACUGGCGGUGACGGCAAUGCCGCUGCUGCGACCGGGCAGCAACGUAACAGCCUUCUUUGUCUGCGUCUGCCACAACACCGGCCCGGUCGACUACGGCUGCCGCACGUUCCCUGCGAUUCGGUACGGCGAGCCGGCGCUGCUCAAUGAUGCCAGCAACGCACAGGCUGUUCGCGUUCGAUCGUCGGCGUUCCGCGACAGCUGCAAAAAGGCAGCCGCCGACGCUGUCGCCAACCGCUUGGCUCCUGCCAACCUCACUUUAAGCGUUCCGCUUGAUGACGUUGUCUUCUUUGAGUGGGCUGACCUGAACAAGACCCGUCGCCACGCCAUGCUCAUUGUCGUUCUCUGUUCGAUCUUCCUCCCGCUCCUCUCCGCAGUGUGGAUUGCGCUCCUUUGCCGUGCCGCUGGCAAGCACCGCUGCCUGCAGACACCAGCGUCGGUGGCGGCCAAAAGGGCACAGCGCGGCUGAUUGACCGAUUCACUGCGGGGUCUGCGGCGGCGGCGCUGCGAGGUCGAUUGCCGGGUCGUCUGAGAGCUCGUUGUCGUCGACGUAGUUGGGGUCGGCGUAGUACGCGUCGGCGAGGACUGCGAGUCGCUCCUCGAGCGAGGUUGAGACCGGGCGGGCUGCCGGAUCGGCGCUCCAGCACGCGAGCAUAAACUUGUACAGCGGA